AUGCCCGCCGCGCCGUACACUUCCGCGACCUCGCUGCUGCUGGGCAGCGGCAGGCUCCCGCGGUUGCAGUUCCAGUCCCUCCGCGCCCCCGCCAAGCCCCCCUUCCACCGCGCGGCAUCGUCCCCGUCCACACCGCUCUCCCGAUGCCGCGCCAGCGCGAGCCCCCGCCCUCUGGCCCCCGUCUCCGCCUCCGCCCUCGCGCUGCCCGUGUCGAUGACGGUUGCUCCCCCACCGCAGGUGGAGGAUGAUGGCUGGGUGGGAGGGGCGGCCGCAGCCGUGAGGAGAGUAGCUGUGGCGGUGGCGUGCGGGGCGCUCGCGGCGGCGUGGUGCCGCCGGGCGAUGGCUGUGGGGGCGGGGUCCGGGGCGCCGGGGGCGGUGGAGGCUGCCGCGGGGAUUGGAGGGAUGGCGCUGCGCGGGGGCUGGCCCAGGGUGCUGCAGGUUCUGCAGCUGCUCAGGGAGCAGGGACUGGUUCUGGCCGUGCUGCUCGGCCUCUCUGCCUUCUUCUCCAUGGCAGAAACUUCUAUCACGACGCUUUGGCCUUGGAAGGUUCGUGAACUAGCUGAGAAGGAACCUGAGAAUGGUGUUUUCAAAAUGCUCCGAAAUGACGUCACUCGUUUCCUGACAACUAUUCUCAUUGGCACAACUGUAGUCAACAUUGGCGCAACAGCAAUUGUUACCGAGGCAGCAACAGCAAUGUUUGGUGAAGCAGGUGUUAGUGCAGCAACAGGUGUCAUGACAGUUGCCAUCUUACUUCUUACAGAAAUCACUCCCAAAAGUGUUGCAGUCCAUAAUGCCACUGAGGUCGCUAGGUUUGUGGUAAGACCGGUCGCAUGGCUUUCGCUGAUCCUCUAUCCAGUUGGGCGGAUUGUUACUUUUCUGUCUAUGGGAAUGCUAAAGAUUCUAGGCCUGAAAGGGAGAAGUGAACCAUAUGUUACUGAAGAUGAACUGAAGUUAAUGUUACGAGGAGCAGAGUUGAGUGGUGCAAUUGCAGAAGAUGAACAGGAUAUGAUCGAGAAUGUCCUGGAAAUUAAAGAUACACAGGUGAGGGAAGUAAUGACGCCUUUGGUGGACGUAGUUGCAAUUGAUGCUAUUGCAACACUUAUUGAUUUCAAAAAGUUGUGGGAAACUCAUCAGUACUCUAGAGUUCCUGUAUUUGAGGAGCGCAUAGAUAAUAUUGUUGGAAUUGCAUAUGCAAUGGACAUGCUUGAAUAUGUUGAAGAGGUUGAGAAGUUGAGUGAAAUCACUGUUAAGAAAAUCGCACAUAUGCCUACAUACUUUGUUCCAGAUUCAAUGUCUGUUUGGAACCUAUUAAGAGAGUUCCGGAUCAGGCAGGUUCAUAUGGCAGUGGUCCUCAAUGAAUAUGGUGGAACUAUUGGUAUUGUAACACUAGAAGAUGUAGUGGAAGAAAUAGUUGGUGAAAUCUUUGACGAGAAUGAUUCCAAGGAGGAAAUUCAGAAGAAAACAGGCUAUAUAGUAAGGCGGGGAGAUGGAACAUUUGAUGUUGACGCAAAUACAUCGAUAGAUCACCUAUCUGAAGAGCUUGGUAUCAAAAUACCAGAGGGGCAUCCGUAUGAGACGGUGUCAGGUUUUGUCUGUGCAUCUUUUGGCUAUAUUCCAGAAGAAGGUGGGAAAAUGCUUGUGAUUCUUGAAAAGGAUUACAGAGAAGAAAACGGUGAAUAUCAGGAGGAAGGUUCUGAUCGCCAAGAUGAUAGAGAAAAAACUCAAGCUUAUGAACUUGAGAUAGUGGAAGCUAAUGCAAGGAAGGUGGGCAAAGUCCUAUUUAAGCCAAUAAGCAGUGAAUGUGUUGGUGUUGACAACAAGGGUGUGAACCGCCUGAUCUCCAAGAAGAUCGUCAAACGGAAGAAGAAGGGCUCUGAUGAUUCCUCCGGUGAUGAGUAUCCAGAUAUAACAGAGAAUGGCUGCCCUGCAGAGGUACUCUCGUACUCGGAUGAUAACAGUGCUUUGUUGGAAGAUGCAAGCAGUUCUAGUGCCAAGAGGUGA